UGAACGUGAAUACUUAGCAGUUUCCCAUGAGAACACUCCACCGGCAGACCCCCAGCUUCAGCCCGGAGUGGCGUACUCAUUACGCCGUUAUCUUGUUCGGUUCCUGACGCAUCUAUAUAAGAGGCAAAAGUAAAUGCCCUCGCGUAGAAGUUCUUUUUCUGCCCCUCCUGCGAGUCUGAAUGCAAACGGAGUAUUCGGCUGGCAACAUCGCAGCGGCGAGGAGUAUUCAAACCUACACGUAUAUAUACACUUCGGCGGCUACAUUCUGGACCUAUGACUAUGCUUGUUCGUUUCACCACGAGUUGGCGUUCCUGACUCAAUCGCGUUGGACCAAAGUAAAAGGCCUUUAUAUCCUUACACGCUAUACGCCUUUCCUCCUCUUCGUUGCACACCUAUAUCUGAACUUCGUCCCGGAUAAUAAUCCCGAUAAAUGUCAAAUGAUCAACAAUAUUUGCUCAUGUUUCAGUCUGAUUUCAGUCAUUUGCUCCGAAUGCUUUUUUAUUAUCAGGACAUAUGCACUCUGGAAUCACAACAAAGUCGUGCUCGCCGCCAUGCUGGCCGGUUUUCUUGCUGUCAUCAUAGCUUCCAUCGGUAUCCUCUUUAGCGCCACUGCCAAUGCACCAUUUGAAACCAGCACGAUCUCGAGCAUCACAGGCUGCUACCAGUCUACAGGCAGUGAUGAGCUCUUCGUGCCGUUUGUUCUCUUGUUUGCUCUCGAACUGGGGCUUAUCUCUCUUACGCUCGUACGCGCUAUACAGAGCUGGCGAACAGCUCGUACCCCUCUGUAUGAUGUCCUGCUGAAGCAUAACAUAUUCUAUUAUGUAUGCGGUCUAUUUUUCUCGAUAGUGAAUGUAUUCACAUCCCUGUUCCUUCGAUACGCGUACAACGCCAUGUUUCAAGAUUUCCAGCUCAUCAUCCUGGCGAUUCUUGCCACGCGCAUGCAUCUCCAUCUCUGGCAUGUCGACCGACAAAUACACGCUUCCGCUCUCAUGCUCAUUCCUCUAACUGAUGUGUCAUCUGUGGGUCGUACGGGGUGAAAUUGGAAUUGGCUUACUUGUUUGUUUGAUGUCGUUCACGGAGUCAAGUUUGGACAAUGCAAAUAGACUAAGGACCCUUCAUGCGCUUGUCACUAUUUCUCUUUUGUUGAGGGGCUUCUCUUGUUAUGA